AUGCCUUGUGAGUCACCAAUGGCAGUUUCUGACUCACUCACUAAAAUCAUCUCCAAAUCAACUGUAUUUCCGGCAACACAAUCCACCCUUCCUGACCUCAAGCUCUCUGCUUCCGAUCUUCCCAUGCUUUCUUGCCACUACAUCCAGAAGGGCAACCUCUUCCUCCGCCCUCCAAUCGUCAUCUCCGAUCUUCUCUUCCUUCUGCGAGAAGGUCUCUCCAGAGUUCUUACUCAUUUCCCACCUCUCGCCGGCCGUCUAAUCACUGAUGCCAAUGGCUACGUUUAUAUCACCUGUAACGACGCCGGUGUUCAGUUCCUUCACGCCAAUGCUACUCAUAUCUCUGUUACUGAUAUCGUUUCCCCUCUUCAUGUUCCCGAUUCCGUCAAAGGCUUUUUCGCCUUUGACAGAAUGGUUAGCCACGAUGGCCAUUUUAAUCCGCUUUUGGCUGUUCAGGUCACGGAGCUUCACGACGGUGUUUUUAUUGGGUUUUCCGUUAAUCACGCGGUUGUCGAUGGAACUUCCUUGUGGAAUUUUAUUAAUACUUUUGCAGAGGUUUGUAGAGGAGUGAAAUUGAUCACAAAACAACCUUGUUUUACCCGUGAAUCGGUGUUGAUUUCUCCGGCGGUUUUAAAAGUCCCUGCCGAUGGAUUAAAAGUCACGUUUGAUGAGUUUGCACCACUCUGUGAAAGGGUUUUUAGUUUUACCAGAGAAUCGAUUUUGAAACUAAAAGACAGAACAAACAAUCGGAAAAAAAUAAAUUCUUAUGGAGAAAUUAACGCUGCUGAAGUAAUGGGGAAACAGAGUAAUGAUCCAAUUAAACUUUCCGACGACAAGGUGACGGCGUUAAUCGGUAAUUGGAUUCGAAACGCCGUCGUGACAAAAGCAGAACCGGUACCGGAGAUUUCUUCGUUUCAGUCUUUAUGUGCGUUGUUAUGGCGGGGAGUGACACGUGCAAGAAAAUUCCCAGAUUCUAAAACGACGACGUUCAGGAUGGCGGUGAACUGCCGUCACCGGCUGGAACCGAAGCUUGAAACUCUUUACUUCGGAAACGCAAUUCAGAGCAUUCCGACGUACGCUUCCGCCGGUGAUGUCCUGUCGCAUGAUCUCCGGUGGUGCGCCGAGCAACUGAACAAAAACGUGUUAUCCCACGACGACACGAUGGUUCGUCGUUCUGUAUACAAUUGGGAGCAAGACCCACGGUGUUUUCCGUUGGGGAACUUCGACGGAGCCAUGCUGACGAUGGGCAGUUCGCCAAGAUUUCCGAUGUUUGAUAAUGAUUUCGGGUGGGGGAAACCUGUUGCGGUGAGGAGCGGGAGAGCGAACAAGUUUGAUGGUAAGAUAUCUGCGUUUCCCGGGAGGGAAGGUGGUGGUAGUGUGGAUUUGGAAGUGGUGCUUUCGCCGGAAACAAUGGCGGAACUCGAAUUGGACCCAGAGUUCAUGCAAUGGAACUGUGAAAUCACGUUCUUGUUCAAGGUGAUGAACCUGCUUGACAUUCUUUUGAGGAGCACGACCACCUCUGGAUGUGGGUUUUCGUUGAUUCUGUCAAACAUCACAAAUUUCAAUUUGGGUAUGUCGCCUUGCGAUCUGGGUUUUGAAAAUGAAACGAGACUUCCAGACAUAUCAUUCAGCAAUGGUGCCAGAACUACAAUCAAGCUCAAGAAAUCGAGCAAAAUUCCAGAGAACAGUGAGAGGAUAGGAGCGUUUGCUACCAUGAUGAUCGAAAUGUUGCCUCAAGAUCUUCCAUUUACGAUCUUUGUUCCUUCAAAAUUAGCUUUUGAGCGUGAUUUGCGAUUAGGGGUAAAUGAUAGUUUGGUGGGGGAGAAAGCAAAUGAUACGUUUGCAAUACUUACCCGUGUAUUGAGCUUCACAGUUGUCCCAUGGAAAAUUCUUUCAGAGUCUGUUCCAUAUAGUAGAGAGAUAACCUGCGAUUCUUUAUCUGGAUUAAAGCUUUAUGUAUCAAAAGAUCCUGAUGAAACGCUUAUAGUUAACAGGAUUCGAUCAAAACAGGUAGAUUUGAAGAAGAACGAGAUAGUUAUUCAUGUCAUGGAUGGAGUGAUUAUGGAGGCUGACUUUGAACAAUCUGUUCGGCCUGAUGAUGAUCAUGAUCAAGAUUGAGAGACUUUGAAUUACUCUUUAGAAUGCAGUCUGAUAGUUUAUGGUUUUUAUGAGAUGUUCAACUUGUUUUGUGAACUAAUGAAUGAGUUUUUUAACCAUUGUGAUUGUUAAAUAACUAUUAAAAUAGUCUGAAAUUUCAAAACUUCAAUUGAAAGGUGUUAUACCUUAUGUUGAAGAAUCAC